AUGGCGGUCCUUUCGAAGCUUCAACUGCUCGGACAGGCCAUUCCCGCGAGGCAGUAUGCACCCGGAAUGCUCGGAAUGCUCGCCGUGUUCGCACUUGUCAAGUUGUACAAACAGGAUAUCAGGUACAAUUAUAUCACUUAUCAUUCAAUCGAUACUACCUUCACGGGUGUUCAGUAGAGCUAGUUUGCAUUCUGUUAACUAUUAUCCUAUUCAGAGCCACAAAACAUUUAGUGGCCAAGACGAAUAAGGCCGGUACGAAAGGACACAAAGCGCAUGUGGACGGAGUGUUUCUCGGGAAAUUAGCGAGAAUUCUCAAGAUUCUCGUUCCGAAAUUCUUCUCGAAAGAGACGUUUUAUCUAGCGCUCAUCGCAGUUUCUCUGCUCUUCCGUACUUAUGCCGACGUCUACAUGAUCAUCACGUCCACGAAAAUCGAAGCGUGCGUUUACUUUCGCUUUUUAGAAGUUGCUUCUUUCAUUUACAAUCUGUUUUCAGUUCAAUUAUCGACCGUAAUCCUCUUUUGUUCGCUCUGGAAGCAUUCAAAUACGUGCUCAAUCUGCCAGCCAUUUCCGUGACGAAUGCCCUUUUGAAGUUCGGAAUCGCUGAACUGAAACUGCGAUUCCGUGAGAGACUCUCCACGCACUUGUACUCUCAAUAUCUGAAGGGAUUCACUUUUUAUAAAAUGUCUAAUCUGGACACUCGCAUCCAGAAUGCCGAUCAGCUGUUGACUCAGGAUGUGGACAGAUUCUGCGAUGGCAUCGUCGAGCUGUAUUCUAACCUUUCAAAGGUAAUUGAAUUGCUUUCUUUUUUGAUGAGUAAACUGAACUUUAAAACGUUUCAGCCAAUCCUCGAUGUCUUCCUGUACCUGUUCCGUCUGGGAACCUCCCUCGGCUUCUCUUCUCCUUCCAUUCUCUUCUCUUAUCUCAUUUUCACUGGAGUCGGAUUGACAUACAUGAGGAGACCAGUAAGCCGAGAUCUUUGCCAAGGAAUCUGUAACAUGUAAAUCCGCAUUCAGAUCGGAAGAUUGACAGUGGAAGAGCAAGCGCUGGAAGGAGAAUACAGAUAUGUGAACUCUCGGUUGAUCAUGAACAGCGAGGAGAUCGCCUUCUACCAGGGAAAUCAGAGCGAGAAGGAGACAAUCAUGAGCACAUUCGCCAGUCUCGUUCAGCACCUAAGAAAGAUCAUCCUCUUCAGGUUAAAGACUACUUCAGUAUUGAUUUGACAAUGUCUAACUUUAGAUUUUCGAUUGGAUUCGUGGAUAACAUUGUUGCCAAAUACCUGGCCACAGUCGUUGGUUGGUACGCCGUCGGAAGCUCGUUCUUCAACAAACAGCACAAACCGUUCAUCGGAAUGUCCCGCAAUGAACUGAUGCAAGAGUACUACAACUCAGGACGCAUGAUGUACAAAAUGGCAGAAGCACUCGGAAGAUUGGCACUGGCUGGAAGGGACAUGACCAGACUGAGUGGGUUCACGAGCAGAGUGGACACACUUCUGAAUGUGCUCGACGAUGUGAACAACGGAAACUACAAGAGGACUAUGGUCGGAGAGAAGGACGACUCUGCCCUUUCUCUUCUUCGAUCUGAUCUUGUCCCUGGAUCGGGUAACCUUCGUGUGCAGGACAAUGUGAUCCGAUUCGAGAAUGUGCCAUUGGUCACUCCGAACGGAGACGUGCUCAUUGAAAGCCUCGAGUUCGAAGUGCCUUCCGGAAGAAAUGUGCUCGUCUGUGGACCAAACGGAUGCGGAAAGAGUUCCCUGUUCCGUGUGCUCGGAGAGCUCUGGCCACUCUUCGGAGGAACUCUCACAAAGCCGGCAAAAGGAAAACUAUUUUACGUGCCACAAAGACCGUACAUGACAUUGGGACACUGA